AUGGUUUCUAUCGUGUUAUUGACGACAGAGGAGGUUUUACAAAGAAAUGGCUUUUGGUACUGUCUUGAUUCUAUUUGGAUCACGCAAGAAUUGGAGCCCUUUCAAGAGGUGGAACUGGAACAGAUGUACGCAAAACCUAUGCCAAGGGAUAUUUACUACGCCAAGUACCCAGACAUACCGAGAAGUGAAUCCGAGGACGAGAUUCCUUUAACCGUCAAAGGUUUUUGGAACAAACAUAAAGAGUGGAAAUCUAGAAUAUGCAUCAGAAAUCUAUGUAACCAAAACAAGAACAUGACACAUUCAACUUUUAGUGCUAAAUCUAUAAAUAACAAUACUACUAUUAACGUAAGCUCUAAAACUGUGACUUCGAAUGUUAAGAAAGAAAACUUUCCAGAAAUUUCGGAUAAUGAUGAACGGAUUCGUGAUUUUUUUAACCGUUUGAUUCAAAGUGUUCCGCCUCCGCCUGUACAGGAAGUAUCGGAAUUUGCCAGUUCUAUAUCUAAUUCGCGAUCAAUUCAAAAUAAUAUAGAAUGUAUUGAUCUACCCGACUACGCAGACUUUGAAAGCGAUAGAUUGCUUCAGCGUUGCGAUGAGAUCCCCGGUCCUUGUACUUCAACGUUAAAGAAAACUUCGAACGGAACCCAUAAUAGUUUGAGCUCGGCUAACUCUGAUCAGGAAUGGUACGAAACUAUUUACGGAGUAUCAGAAUUGUUGGAUCCUCGAGAAUAUUCAAGCCAGGGAAAACUUACAUCGGAAUCUGACUGUUUGAUAUCGUGGUCCGAAAUACUUGAGAUUUGUGGUCCUAGCAGCAUUUACAGUAAUUGUAACAGCGCUGAAGAAACCGAAGAUAUAAUAAGUCAGUCUCACUGUUUGAGGAAUAAUAAUUUAUAUGAUAUAUCAGAUGAUGACGACGAAGAAGCUUAUGCCAAAUUUUCUAUUAAUAAACUUCGACAAACAAUUAAUGCGAAAGGAAAGAUACAGGAUUCGUCAUCGAUGGAAAAUUUAAACUAUCAGGAUAAUGCCUUGCUAAAGUCGAUAGUUGAAAUAAAUUCUUCCUUACAUGAAACUUUCUACCGAUUAGCGCCGUCAGAUAGUGACGAAGAUUUGCCUCCGGAAAACGAAUUGCAGAAGAAUUCGGACCGUGUGCUCUCUGAGCACGAACUUCGCGUUCAAAGAUCAUUGCAGAAGCUCAAUGUGCCAGAAUGGUACAAAAACGCCCCAGCCCCUCGCGAGGGCUUCCUUCUUCGGAAGCGGUUGUCUGACGCUUCAUCAGCAGCUCGGUGGAGUGGUCUUAACUCAAAGACCACGUCACUGGGCAGUCUCGGUGCUAACAACGCCCAGCCUCCACCACCUCAAUUAUCUCCGCACACAACCAGUUUCGGUAGAUGGUCUACCAGUCGACUUAACUCGAAUCAAACGUCCCCGUGUUCUUCUACCCGCAGCAGUGUCCGCGGCGCCAGUCCCCUGUGCUCCCCGUCUGCCCGUUCAUCUUUCAGCGCCCGUCAGCCCUACCUCGGCUGGCGGAGUCAGGAGAGACUCAACUCCACUCCGCGAACGCCGCAUGAGAGGCUAGCUUCUUCUCUUCUUCAGCAGUCCGCUUCAGCGAAAGCCGCAGAGGAAAUACAGACUUCGAUAAAGGAAGUGACGUCAGCGAUAGUACACUACGUAUCAGGUUUAGAACCCGCCAACGGUGACGUAGAGAGGCAACCCUCGCCACGCUCCAGUCAGAAGUUGUACUGGCUCGAAAGCUCGUUUGUUGGUACAAAGCCGCUGGAGUCUCCCCAGACGCCGCUGGUGGUGUCUGAGUCCCUCCCCCCCGCGCACCCCCGGCCGCCCUCCUCCCUGCGCCUCGAGCACCGCGCGGCGCCCGACUGGCAAGAUUCUCAGCGUUCUCUAAACCUGGGUGUAACUCGCCCAUCUCCGGGGUCAACGACCCUCGAAGACGUUCUGGAUUCACUUUUGGGGCUUCCUUCACAACCCACCAGAGUUCCCACGCCUCAACCCAGCCCAAGGAAAUCAGCGAGUCCAUAUUAUUUGCUCAGCGGAAAGAGUCCUCGCUACGAGCAGUUAGCCAGCAGCGGCCACAGCAGUAUAUCGCCCGCGUCUCGUUUCCUCGGCACGCCGAGUGAAGCGCCCAGCUCGCUCACCGACCCGAGCCCCGAACACGACCGACCAGGGAAGGAUACAGUUGAUACUCCUGCUAUGCAGGAAACGAGGCGUUCGCGGUCUCAGGGCGAACACUCUCGCAGGAGAAGUGAGCCGUUCGCUCGUCCCAGUACAUCCCUCGACCGUCGUACUAGUCUCGACGUGGCCGCCCUCCGCGAACAAACCCUCACUCAUCACGACUCCAGAACCUCCCUCGCCUCGCUCCAAACCGAAAACAGCACAGACGACACCUUCAUCAAGUGCAAGUAUCCUAAAUGUUCAUCACGAGCCCCCUUACCAGAUGCUAAGAGACAUUACAAGACUUGUCACAAUUGCACCACUAUGUACUGCUCCAAAGAAUGUAGAAGAGCCCAUUGGGAAAAGCACAGGAAGGUCUGUCUACACUCUCGUGCGAGCAGCUUGUGUAGACAAAUUAUAUCCGCCGCGAAAGAGGAUUCUGAUUCCUUACAUCAAAUUAGUACGAUCGCUCAUAAAGGAUAUCUGGCCCAAGGCAGAGGUGUCGUCAAAAUCUUCUUCACUAGUCCAGAGGCGGCCGAAAAGUUUACCACGCAUGGAUACCAGUAUUUAAGUGAACCAGAAUUCGUCAAAUGGACGUCUCUACAGCCAAAUGAAAUGGGUGCCGAACUAUACACCGAGGUCGUUAAACUCUGCAAGGCUUACAACCCAGAGACGAGAGUAAUUUUAUACGUAGCGGUGUGUAUCAUUAGCGAAGUACCAACAAAAGGCGCCGUUAAAUGGGAACGACAGAUGGUGUCCCGGUGUGCUAAACUACGUUUAAGCAAAACUGUAUCAUCAGCGAUACAAGAACAGAAUAGAAAAAGGAAUAGAAGAGACAGUAAAGGAACGCCUGACGAUCGAGAGACGUUAAUACUGACAUCCAAAUUAACUAACGCGGGGGAGAAGAACGCAGCGACAGCGCACAAGUUUAGAGAGAUAUGCUUCAGGAACAUUCUCAAUGAACUAGAGAGUCGCGGUGUUGUGUUGAAGAAACAUUUCCCUGAAGUGUACUCGCGUCUGGCGGCUUACGUGGACGGUACAAGCGACAGGUUCAUACCGAUGACGAUAUACCCGAAAGAUGUCACCAGUGGAAAAUCAUUCGUGUGCGUCAUCAUGCCGGAUAAUGAUACGGAAUGUGGAACGGCCAUUGAUAGUAAAGUUACAACAGUAGACGUUGGGGUUGAUCGCUCUAAACAUCAGCUUUCCACACCCAUGUAG